AUGAACCGAAGGACUGUAGGAAUUUCCCCGCCUAGUACGCCUACCUAUGGACCAGCUAUUUUUCUGCAGAGACCAGAUUUCGUCAGUUUACUGCAUGAAAAUGAGAACGCCCUCGCAGCGUAUAAUGCUUCACCUAUAGUAAAGCAUAUAGUGCAUCGAAUACGGAAAUGUGGUGAACCGACGGAAAAAUAUGAAAAUAACAAGGAUUUUGUGGCAUUUGUGAAUUUAUUUGCGGACGAGACGCAGCCAUUGCCAUUGAAUUGGCAAGCUACUGGGAAAAACCCGACUAUAUUUAUCGAUCACUCUACGAGACGCACUACCCUUAUUGAUCCACGGCUACCUAUGCCAACUCUUGACAGAAAACGCGGACGAAGUGCUCCACCAGUUCGACGCCAAAACCUCGACAAAAAUGGCAACCUAUUGGACCUUGCAAGUAGAACAGCAGAAAUAGCGUUGCUUGUAGAAGAACGAUUGCCUGAGCUGGCACCAAAAAUUAGGAAAAAAUUGCGGCUCAUCGAGCGUUUGGGUGCAGUAGCCCUGGCGCGACUCGCGAACGAUGUGGAUCUGAUCACGGCUAUAAGUAUUCUUGACUCUGAUGACCAAGUUGGCUCGAGCGAAUUAGAAGAAAAACUCAACCACUUUUAUGCAUCACUUCACCGAAGCGGUUACGGUAAAGGACCGCAAAAGAUCAAAUUUCGAUUCAGUCGCGCAAACCUUCUUCAAGAUGCUUUUGAACAAAUUUUGGCUGCUGAUCCAUUGUCGCUAAGAAGAGCACGGCUUUCGAUUGCCUUCGAUGAUGAGGAGGGGUAAGU